ACCAAAAGAAGGUCCUCCCCAACACCAUUGUCUACGGCUGUUUUGCACAUAUAAAUCCGGGCUCCCCUCGUAGAGAUCGAAACCCCGUUCCCUUCCUGGUCAAGCGGAGAAUCCUCGAUCCCAAGAGCCCUAAACCCUAUAUCCCGUGUUAGAAGGGCUUCGGAUGCAUAGCUCGAUGAAUUGGUGUACUCGAAGUCCCAGAUGCUAGGGUUCUCAUCUCCCUGAAGAGGUUUAGCAUGGGAAUGGGGCAUUCAGAUUUGUUAUUUUGAAUUCUGAGCAAAAUGGCCAAAACUCGAUCGGGAGGUCAGCAGAAAGAAGCGGAUUCCAGCAGACCGAAAAGCAGGGCUGCUGCUCAGAAAGUGAAAGCUAAGAUAACUAAAAGUUCAACCGCGUCUGGUUCGACAUCUAACGGAGGCUCGAGAAGCAGGAACACACCAAGCAAUGCGAAAGAUGCCAGAAAUUCCGUCACAUCCGGCUCCGAAGCAGCAGACUCGAUCAAUCUGAGAAGGUCCAGCCGCGAACCACCUACGAAAAGAACGAGCGUCUCGUCAAGUACUACCACCGGUUCGCGGAAAUCCGGAAGGCUUGCUAAUCAGUCUCCGCCAUUUUCGCCCGGUGAAAAGAAGUCAGAAAGAGCAGAGAAAAAAAGGCCUCGAAGUCCCGUCAGAAAGUCUGACAGAGUCGAGAAGAACAGAGCCUCGAGUUCCUCUGGUUUCAAAAGUCCCAACAAAAGCCCGAGCCCAGUGGCUACUGCUAAGAGCACGAAGAAAGCAAAGAUUGAGAAGAAGAUCGUUGGUAUAGACGCCAAGUCAAAGAGCGGAAGGAAUAAGAUGGAUACUGAAAUCGGAUCAUCGAAGAGUAAGAAGAGGAUGACUGGGCGAAGUUACCGGGCGUUUUUUAAGCAAAGUGCAAAAAACCUCAAAAUUCCAGACCCUGCGAGAAUGCAGGAGGAGGAGGACGAGGAGGAGGAGGAGGAGGAAAAUUGUUCAGAUGCAAGAGCUAGUGAUAACGAUGAAGACGGCGUGGAUAAUUGCCACGAACUAAAAGGUGAUCAGGCCCAUACUCAAUACAAUGGAAGUCUAAAAGGAGCUGGCGAGGGAUCUAGUUCUGGUUCAGAAAAGGUUCCGGAUUUAUCAGUAGAAAUAGAUUCCAGGAGUAAAUUAGGUAGCUCUACCAUGAGGCAACCUUCGAAAUGUAGUGAUAGUGAUGAUCAUAUUGAGAAAGAAUCUGAUUUUGAAGGUGACAGGAGUGACAUCAGUGAAUCAGAUAAAGUAAAAUUAAGAACUCCAGAGUUGGUAGAUACUGAUACGGAUGCUGGGUCUCCCGCCACUGGGUUUUCUCCGGAAAGUAAGGAUAACUCUGAAGCAAAUGCGAAAAUGCCUGCUGAUAUGGAUGCUGGGUCUCCCACCACUGGGUUUUCUCUGGAAAGUAAGGAUAUUCCUGAAGCAAAUGUGAAGAUGCCUGCUGAUAGUCUUUCUUCAGAAGCGCUGUUGAACAAACAAGAGGCUUUCGGAGCCGAUGCUACCUCUCCUUCUGGUACUAAAAUCAAGAAUUUGGACCGAUGCUUAGAGUGCCCUAAGCCCCUUAGGGUCAAGGACUUGCAAGCUCAGGAUAAUUGUAUAUGUAGUACAAAAGCAAAACCUGAUUUAACUUCCUCCUUUUCAGAGAGGUUGAGUGUGGAGGUUAGCGGUCAUGUUGGAAUUCCAGAAGGGCACUCAAUGUCAGCUAACGUUAAGGAGCUCUUGAUGGACAAAGUGGGCCCUCAUGCUUGUGUUGUUUGCAAGAAUCCUGGAACGCUUUUAUGCUGUGAUGGGAAAGGGUGCAAAAGAAGCUUCCAUCUUUCUUGUCUGGAUCCGCCCUUGCAAACUAUCCCUCCUGGUGUUUGGCUAUGUAUUCCUUGUAUAAAAAAGAAGAUACAGUUUGGAGUAUACUCGGUCACUGAAGGAGUAGAGUCUCUUUGGGAUGUCAAAGAGGGAAUGCAGAAUAGCAAACAUUAUUUUGUCAAAUACAAGAGCCUUGCCCAUGUCUAUAACCGGUGGAUUCCGGAGAGUGAAAUUCUUAGUGAAGCUCCAGAAGUUGUUGCAAAAUUUAAUAGAAGAUAUCAGAAAGAGAAGAUAACAAGGUGGAGGCAAGAAUGGACUGAGCCACAUCGUCUAUUGAUGAAACGACAGCUCAUGCCCAAAAAACUGGCUAACGAGUUUUUUAACGGGCUUGCUGAUAAAGUUUCAUAUUGUAAUGCUGAAUGGCUAGUGAAGUGGAGGGACUUGGGGUAUGAGCAUGCAACAUGGGAACUAGAAACUUCACAUUUUCUCCAAACUGCUGAGGGUCUGAUGCUUAUAAAAGAUUAUGAAGCUCGUCACGGGGAGGCAAAAAAAGCAUCUGAUCUUUCAAAAGCUAGCAAGGCUUUACAGUUUAAGCAAAAUCCUUUCCACAAGCUGCAGAAGUUGCCUAAUGGAUGCCCAGCAAAUCUAGAUAAUGAUCAUUUGAAUGCUGUUAACCGGCUUCGUGAGUUCUGGCACAAGUCUCAUAAUGCUGUUUUCAUUGAUGGCCAGGAACGAGUAAUUAAGACCAUCUUGUUCAUAUUAUCCUUACUACCUCAUGCAUAUCGGCCUUUUCUGAUCAUAUCAACGGCUGCUUCUAUUUCCUUAUGGGAGAAUAAGUUUGAACGCUUGGCACCAUCUAUCAAUGUUGUUGUCUACAAUGGGAGUAAAGAUGUUCGGAAGAUGAUUCGAACUCUGGAGUUUUAUGAGCAAGGAGGUUGCAUAAUGUUUCAAGUUCUAUUAUCCCAUCCAGAUGCUGUUAUAGAGGACUUCCACUCUGUGGAAAGCAUCAGUUGGGAAGCUAUUAUAGUGGAUGAGUGUCAAAACUCGAGAGUUUCAAAGAAUCUUGAACAUCUUAAGAGUCUUGCCAGUGAUAUCAGAAUGCUGCUUUUAAGUGCUCCACUGAAGGAUAAUCUUGCAGAGCACAUCAACCUCCUUUCUUUCCUUGAUCCAGGAGGGAAAAGGACAUGCCUCGAUAGUUCAAAGUUUGAUUCCAGUGAUACUGUUGGUUCGCUUGCUAUUUUGAAAGAGAGAUUAGCUCGCUACAUAGCAUAUGAGAGGAAAUCAGAUUCUUCAAAAUUCCUGGAGUACUGGGUUCCUGUACGCCUUUCAGAUGUGCAGUUAGAGUUGUAUUGUGCAACUCUCAUUUCAAAUUUACUUCCUCUUCGUUCAUAUACUAAAACUGAUUCGGUUGGAGCUCUUCGCGACAUUCUUAUAUCUCUCCGGAAGUGCUGUGACCAUCCUUACAUAGUCGAUCAAUCACUGCAAAGUUCAUUAACCAAGAAUCAUCCAGUAGGUGAAAUUUUGGAUAUUGGGGUAAAUGCAAGCGGCAAAUUGCUACUGCUUGAUAAGACUCUUCGAGAGAUCCAGAAACGCAAAUUAAGAGUAUUGAUUCUCUUCCAGUCAGUUGGUGGAGCCGGAAGGAACCCCAUUGGUGAUUUUUUGGAUGAUUUCCUCCGUCAAAGAUUUGGUGCUGAUUCAUACGAACGUGUCGAUAGUGGAUUGCUUAUGUCCAAAAAACAAGCUGCGAUGAGCAAGUUCAAUAACAAGGAAAAUGGGAGAUUUGUAUUUUUAAUUGAAAAUCAUGCAUGCCUUCCAAGUAUUAAACUGUCGUCUGUUGAUGCUAUUAUUAUAUACGACAGUGAUUGGAAUCCACUAAAUGAUCUAAGAGCUCUUCAGAAGAUAAGCAUAGAGCCACAAUCUAAGCAGGUAGUUGUGUUUCGUCUUUAUUCAUCUUGUACGGUGGAGGAGAAAGUUCUUAUUUUGGCAAAGCAAGAUAUGCUUCUUGGUACUAACAUACAGAGUAUAAGCCCAACUGUUAGCCACGCCCUACUCAGUUGGGGUGCUUCAUAUCUGUUUAGUAAACUAGAUGCUCUCCACCAAAAUAAUGACUUAAAUAAAUUCGCUGAUGCUUCUACCGACAAACUAUUCUUGGAUGAAGUAGUAGGGGAUUUGUUGGCAAAACUAUCCAACCAGGCUGAAGCUUUUAGUGAGAGAAAGAGCUCGGUCUUAGUAAAAGCUCACUUGAGUGGAAUGUCCUAUUCAAGAAAUAUUACUCUAGUUGGUGAGAAGGAGGGAAUCUCUUCAAUGGAUAAAGAUCCUCCAAAAUUUUGGUCCAAUUUACUGGAGGGAAGAUAUCCUUCUUGGCAAUAUAUAUCUGAACAAUCACCGAGAAGCCGGAGAAAGGUACAAGACUUGGAUGAAUCAGCAAAACUACCAGCAGCAGAGAAUGAAGAAAUCAAGAGAAAACGUAAGAAAGUAGCUAGCGAAACUAUUGAUCCAAAAUCUCUCCAAGGUUGGCUUCAGGAUAAAAGAAAAGAAGUUACUGAUAGCACAGAUGUUAUGUCGCGUGAAAACUCUACUCCUUCAACUGGCUCUGGUCGGCAAUCAUUUAGUCCACAAUGGAAAGAAGUGGUUAUUCCAAGUAGGAGAUCAAGCAAAGCAGAGUUAACCGGAAAUCAAGGUGGUCUUGAAUCAGGAUCCCUAGCCAGCUGGGCUCCAACAUAUGAUGAUAUGGAUGCACAUAAAUCUCCUACAGUUCAAUCUGAAGGAAGAGAAAAGUUGUGGAAUGCUCAGAGGAGCCUUCAUCUUUUAUUGAAACCAGAGUUAUCAAAUUUAUGUGGAAUCCUGAGGCUUCCGGAGGAUGUAAAGAGUAAGGCUGAAGUGUUUCUUGGGUAUGUUAUGAACAAUCAUCAAGUUAGUCAAGAAUCAAAAGCUGUAUUGCAAGCUUUCAAGAUAUCCCUGUGUUGGCGUGCUGCUUCUCUCUUAAAACAUAAAUUGGAUCGCAAAGAAUCACUUGCACUUGCAAAAAAAUAUUUGAACUAUGAAUGCAAUGAGGAGCUGGCUAAAUCUGUUUAUGAUAAAUUAAGGAUACUUAAAAAGAAAUUUUCUCAUCAAGUUGGUGCGCUAAGUAAUCAAGAUUGUACAAAUUCAUUGGAGAAUCGGCAAUCAGUAUCCCGAAAUGAAAAUAUUACUAAAGAAUCUGCUACUGAGGUCUCUUCUGAUCCUACAGCAUGUAAUCAAGGUGAGUUGGAAGAUGGUGAGUUCCAAGAGAAGGAACAAGUAUCUGUUCAUGAAACUCAUGGUGAAAUACACCAACAUAUUGGAUCGCUAAAAGAUGAACUCCUUAAAAAACGAAUUGACUUAAUUGACAAAGUUUAUUCAAGAAGAGCAGAAGAAAUCCUCCUCAAGCAGCAACGUGAAAUUUCAGAUUUUUACCGACACAUGAAAAAGGUAGAGAUGAGUCUGAAUAGGGCACAUCAGUUGGAUUUGGAGAUCACUAAUAGCAGUAUUUCGGAUCCUCUUGUAAGGAACAACAAGAUCAGACUGCUAGAUGAAGAGUUCUCUAAAAUAAUGUCUGCAUUUGAGGAGCACGUGAAUAGCGAACGAAAGAAACUUGAAGCUUUGCAAUUAGCUACAAGGGAGACAGAGCGAGAAAGGAAGAAUAACUGGAUAGAGAAAGCUAAAGCCCACAAAUUGGACGAUUCCUUUGAUUCCAUUUCUUUGCCAGAUUCUGGAUUCAUUGCAGAGGAGUUCAGGUGGGUUGAUGAGCAAGCUGUGUCUUCAGAUGUCCUACGAGACUCGGGAAUAUAUUGUCCCUCUUCUAUUCCGUCAUCGGAGAAAGAAGUUAUGCCAGAACAAAUACCUGUUGAAACUGGAAAUACAGCUUCUGAGGGCAAUAUUGCAAAUAGAGUGGAAUCUGCUGAGCCGACCGGAGAGUUCGUUGAUGCUGUAACUACAGUUGCAUCUGGAGAGGCACGUCAUACGAACACAGAAACUGAAAUUUCAGAUUUCCAGGCAUGUAAUAUAAACUUGGCGAGGAGAGUGUCAGAUGAUAGGUCUAUGAGCCUUGGAAUAGAACCAGGUGUUGACUUGGAACCGAAUAGAAGUGCUGAUAAUUCUGAGGUGACUAACUUGAUGUAUUCCUCACUGCGAACUUCAGGAGACUUUACUUUGACAGCCCGUGUAUCGUCGAGUUCUGGCUGUGAAAAUGACACAUCAACUAAUCAGGAGCCCUCUAGCGACAGAUGUGAAAUAGAGACAAUUGAAGGUGGAAGAGCUCCUGCUACUAGUUUUUCCCCACAAAUCUUGGUUUCUGUUCAAAAUACAAGUACUGUUCUUCCAGUGCAUACUGAUCCAAGCAACAAUAUAGCUACUAGCACAGCAGCAUGCAGAAGAAUUGUGGAGCCUUCUACAGUUAUACAUGAUUCUGUCCAACCAGUGCAACAGUUACCUGCAGCGGCAGCGGCUACAUUGACCGGUCAACCCAAUAAUCCUCCGACCUCUUGUUCAAAUAUUGCCCCAGAAAGAACACAUCCUGAAGCCCCGUCUACUGACCGACCAGAGAUGGAAAGCCGUCCUCCCCAAUUAUUUCCAAUGUCACAAUUGGUUUUGUCUCAAGGGAUCAAUCCUGAGCCGCUCAAAAAUGAGCUGACUAGAAUACGUUUGCAUGUAGAGACACUGACAAAGUUGCAUGAAGAUAAGAAAAUGCAACUGAAGUUGGAGUCUGAACAAGAAAUAGAGAAAAUUAGAAAGAAAUAUGAGACACUAUUACAGGAUGAAGAUUCUAGAUUUCGUCAGCAGCAGAAGGUGCUUGGAGGUUUCUACGACAAAGUUCUCGUUCAUCAGUCUUUAGCUGAGGAGUUCAGGGCAAAAUUCAUUGAUAAUAGACGGCAAACUGCUGAGUCCUCACAAGGACAAAACCAAGGUUCCCAGUCCUUGCAGCAGUUACCGCAGGUUUCGUCACAGCAGCAACUUGCUCAAAGGCCUUCGUCAGCAUCAGCAACUGCAUCAGCAUCUGCAGCACUGUCUGGACCUAUCCCUCCUACGCGACCCUCUACUUCUCUUGCAUCAAAUAGAUAUCGUGUUCCGCCUUCACCUAUUUCCUCAACCACCUCCACUCCAGCAGUUCGUCCGCCCUCAACCAUUCCUUUGGCCCCUCCAAUUCCAGUGGUUCAUCCAGCCCCUACUACUUCAACCCCUCCAAAUUCACUAGUCCGUGCGGCCAAUUCGGUGUUGCCCACCAAUAUGGUUCGAUCACAGUUCAGCUCAAUUUUCUCAUCCCAUGGAGGCACUGGGCAAGUCAGAAGCGCUCCUCCCCAUCUCAGUCGCUUUAGACCGGCAUCGUCCUCGGCUGCAAGUUUCCCUCAAAAUACCGGUAUUGUAGCUAAUCAGCAACAAGUUUCUACGAGUUUGACGUCAUCAUCAUUGCACCCGCCGGCCAUUUCGUACAGUGGAAUCUUCCAGCCUGCGGGAUUGGGUACUUUACAGGUGAGCCACAGUACAUCUCCCUCCGCAAACUUGCCUCUAGGCAAUAAUGUGAAUAUCGGAGCUGUGCCACAGACAACGGCGGCGGCAGGCCCAGCAUUGGAUAAUUGGCUUAUGUCUAAUAUGCGAGUUAGCAAUAAUCAAUCAUUGAUGAAUGUUGGGAGAUCUGAGGCUGCAGCAGAUGUUGUUUGCAUAUCAGAUGAAGAGUGAAUACUAUGUGGAUUAAGCUUUAUUUGCUCAUUCCCCUACCUGGAAAGUUCCUAUCAGGAAUUCGAUGCCAAAGUGAGAUUAAAGGUUUAUAAUGUAAUUUUGCCCACUCGAUGUAGAGUAUGAAGAGGAGGGAGACUACAUAAUUAACAGGGUUGCAUUUGCGAAGCAUGAUUGAACUAACCCUAGAUUAUUUUUUGCCCCUUGGUGUAGAGCUCUCAGUGAGAAUGCAUUUCAGUUGGCAGGCUCCUGAUGGCCUCUUUUGUAUAUAAGGAAGAUGUUGGCUGUCGGUGAAUAGCAUCAUUUUGGGAUUUGAUUUUAUCAGUUUUAGCCUUCUCAGGUGUGGAUGCUCGCCUGUCUCCAGUGUAAGUAAUUUGUACACUGAUGCGAAGUUAUUAUGACCAGUUGCUGGUUUAUAGGUUGUUAUAAAGUUCUCCGGGGCCUUACUGUGAGUGCAAGUUCGUAGUAACUUAGCAGUAUAGGUUCAAGUUUUUUCAA